AUGUCACGAUGGGUUCAACCGAUGACGAGGCUUGACAACUACCAAGCACUUCGUGGCAAAAUUACCAAUCUAAGAGACGAAAAUAACACAUGGUUUUACAUGGGAUAUACAGGAAAAGAACCGGGUAGUUACUACGUGUCGAAUAAAGAACCCAAAAAUCAGCGCUUCACUGCCGCUAAAACUCAGGCUCAAAUUCAACCUAAUCAUCAGCUUGGCAAGAGCCACACAUACUACACACAUUUUGACAAUACGGAUGAAGAAAGUGAAGAGGAUGAAGAAAGUGAAGAGGAUGAAGAAAGUGAAGAGGAUGGCGAAUAUGCGUUAAUCCAAGAAUUCCGUGCUUCCCCUCGCUGUCUUAAUGUAGCUAACGGAUUAAAAAAACAUUCUGGUAUUGUUUAUGUACUUACCUAUACAGCUCAGCCUCAGCAGAACAUUCAAUAA